AUGCCUUCAAUCGAACGAAUUGAUUCUACAGCAUCAUCUAUUUCUACCUUAUCGAAGCAUGCUAAAGCUUCACAUUGUAUUGUACAAUAUCGAGAUUUCGAUAAAACUCGAAAAAUCAUCAAUAUCGAUAAAAUUUUAAAUCCAUCAAAUCGUCGAUUUAACGCAGGCGAUGAUUGCACACUAAAGAGUGAAGGUCGUCAUCAUACACGUGUGAAGAUCUUAUUCAUGAGUGAUUUAGAAUCUUGUCAACAUCAAAUGUGCAUCAUUGGAGAUACAGAAGUCGAGAAUGGUAUGGGAUUGACCGAAAAUUCUUCGAAAAAUGAUUUGGUUGAUGAAAAUCGUCGAAAUCUUUCUGAAGAAUUAAAGAAGAAAAAGGUUAAUAGCGGAGCGACAAAGUUAACUACCAAUAAGUUAUCAAUGUCUCAAAACAAAAAUGAUAAAACGUUACAUGUUUCCAAAAGUUCAGAAAAAUCUACAGGUAUUACUCAACAAAACAACAACAAAGAAAAUCUUAAAUCGAAAGAAAAGGAUACUGGUAAAAUGACAACUGAUAAUGAUCUCCAUUAUCCGAAGAAACAAGCACGUAUUGUAUCGUCACAAUAUCGAAAUGAUCGACCGAUUUCUGCACAAAAACCUUUUUCUACACAAAAUAAACCGAAUCGAGAAUUGACACCAUUGUCAUCAAAUCAAAGCUGCAACGAACUUUCCUCUACCAGAAAUUCAGAAGAUCAUUCAAAGAAUAUUGAAGCAUCGAAUCGUAGUCCAACACAACUUACAAGACAGCACGACAAAGAUAAUGAAGAAUCGUUAAAUUCAUCAAGUAGUCGAUUUAAUGAUGAUGUUUUGGUUGACGACGAAAUAGAUCAGAGCACAACAGCUACUACCGAUGCCGAUUCCGAUGCCGAUGCCAAACAGAUCGAUGAUAAACAAAACAAUGAUCCUUUAGUCAUCAAAUACAAUCGUUUAGUUGAAAAAUGUAAUCGAUUGAAAAAGAAAAUAAAUAAACUAGAAAAUGAAAAUGAAAUUUUAAAAAAGAAAACAAUGCCAUUACCUCCACCUGAAGUUCAACAGUGGAUCAAAUACACCGCACAACGAUUUGAGAACAAACUAUUAUCAGGAAGCGUUCUCAAAGAUUUCAGUGUUGCCUUAGGCAUGCCUUCCAACGUAGUGAUAUCAUUAACACAAGAUACUGGGUCACUUACAGCAAGAGCGAUCGUACGUUAUCUAUAUCCUUCAAAAACCCGUGUACUAAGCGAUAUAGAAAGCAGGACACGUGAAGCAAUUCUUAAUUAUGUGAAAUUCUGUCAUCCGAACGAAGUAUUUGUUCGAGGAAAAAUUAAUGAAGCUAUUAGUGGUCCAUUUAGAACAGCACAAUUUAAGACACUACAUUCAAAAGAUGUUUAG